AUUGUUUUGCUCCUUUAAUUCAUUCCAAGCUUCUGUACAUACAUACACAUACACAUACACAUACACAUACACAUACAUACAUAAUACAUCAGUUGAUCAUUUCCAGUCCAGAAUUCUCUCAUGGAGAGUGUGGAAUUGAAGGUAGAGAUGGUUGGGAUACAUGAGAAGCGACUUAGGAAAUGCUUGUCUAAAUUGAGAGGGAUAGAAAAGGUGGAAGUAGAUGCAUACAGUCAGAAGGUGAUUGUAACAGGAUGUGUACACAGGAACAAAUUACUGAAAGCAAUCAGGAGAGGAGGAUUGAAAGCUGAUUUCUGGUCUUCCCAAAAUGAGCUCCUUACUGCUUAUGCCAGCGCCAGUUAUGGAAGCUUGAGAUUCAACAACAACUUCAACUUCAACUUGUUCUAG